AUGGUUGACCUUUCGGAGGUUGCCAUAAAAAUCACAGAAAAAGUUCAGAGCUAUGUCUCAAAUGAGACGUUUGCUCUGAAGACUGUGAAACAUCCCAACAUUGUGGACAUCUACGCAGUGUUGGAGACUGAUAAGCACGCUUUUACUGUGAUGGAGCUGGCCGAGGGGGGAAACCUCCUGGACCUGCUUGCACAGGAAAGCUUUAGCUUGUCUGAGGAGAGAGUCAAGGUGAUCUUUUCCCAACUGGUGGAGGCUGUGACCGCCUGUCACCAGGUGGGGAUUGCACACCGAGAUCUUAAGCUGGAAAAUGUCCUUUUGGACCUAGACGGCAAUGUCAAGCUGUCUGACUUUGGCCUUUGCACGCGCCAAGAGCAAAGAGAGUCCAGUAAUACCUUCUGUGGAACAGUAACUUACUCCUCCCCCGAGGUUCUAACGGGAGAGGAGUAUGAUGCAUUCAAGCUAGACAUCUGGAGUUUGGGGGUCAUCCUCUAUUCUCUGGUGUGUGGCUCCUUCCCCUUUGACGACUUCAGCAUCAGCCAGAUGGUUCAGCUGCAGAAAGAUCACAUCCUUCCAUUUCCCGAGCCCAUCAGCUCAGAGUGCAAGGAUCUUAUCCUGCAAAUGUGCCAGCCAGAUGUUGCUGGAAGGCCCUCGAUCCGACAGGUUCGGAACUCUAGCUGGCUUUGCCAGUGAAAUCUAAAAUCCUAAAAAGCUAAUAAUAUCAAUAAUAUCACAUCACACACUAUUAGACAACAAUCACAUUUGAAAUUUUGACCUUUGAUUGUCAAUAAUCACAAUCACAACAUCGA